AUGGAACUGUCACGUUGAGAGACUUCGCCACAUUCGCCCGCUUGAAACAUACGAUGCGAAAAUAUAAACAAUGGGCUUUCCCACUCAGUUAUAAUUUUGUCAGUUAAACAUACAGACGAACUGUCAGUAGUGAUUUUUUUCUUUAUUUAAUAAAAUUUUAACGAAUUUUGGUAUAAAAUCAAUUCGAGCAAAAAAACCGAAAUCAUCAAAAAUGGACAAUUUAUGGAAGAAAGAGAAAGGGCAAGCGGAAUACAUUGAUAUUUUUACAUGUGAGAAGAAUUCUGCAUUCGAUAGGUAUAUUGAAUCAAUUAAAACAAGACGAAAUCGAAAAGAUAAUCGACGAUCAACUGAAUUACGUUUAAAAGGCAAUAAACUAUUUGGUCAAGAAAAAUGGACAGAGGCAAUGGAAUGUUACAAUCAAAGUUUGUGUUUUGCUGAAAUUGGCUCUGAAAACGUUGCGCUAGCAUAUUCCAACAGAUCGGCGUGUAACUUCCACAUGAUGUUGUACAAAGAAGUCUUAGUCGAUAUUGAGCUCGCUAAAAAUGCAAAUUUACCUGAUCGUUUAAUAAAGAAGCUGGAGGAGCGUAAAAAUGACAGCAUGAAAUUGAUGUCUAGUGUACGUGUGGAAAGAUUUGAACCGAAACUGAGUUACGAAUCUGACGAAAAUUUCCCGUGCAUGGCAAAUGUAGUGGAGAUAAAAUAUAACGAAGAAUUUGGCCGACAUGUGGUGGCAAAGUGCGACAUUCCAGCUGGACGAACUAUUUUGGUGGAAAAUGACAUCCCGCAUAUUAGAGAUGACAGUUCAGCGUGCUAUACUUGUAUGAAAAUUUUUACAAAUUGUGUGGCUUGUCCAAACUGUCCCGAUGUUGCAUUCUGCAGCUUUGACUGCAUGAGUCGCAAUCAAACUCACAAAUGGGAAUGUGGCUCAUUUUUCAACUCAGAAUUUGAGUUUAAUAUGAAAUUCAUGAUCAACACACUUUUGAUGGCUAUCGACAGUUUUCCCGACGUGAACAGUCUGAUGCAAUUUGUUGAAGAUGCUUUGCUCGAAGAUCCUGAAACAUUGCCAACAUCAUUGAAUGAUUCAAAGUCAAAAUAUCAUUUCUUUUUAAAACUUACAACGUCAGCACCAUAUCCUCUUGGCACAUCGCAGGCAUAUAAGCCUUAUGAGGUUGCAAUAAAUUUGCCAAAAGUCAGCCGUCUGUUCGACAGUGAUCGAAAAAAGCGUUUCUUCAUGCAUUUGGUUAUGCAUCACACCCUGAUUUUAAGCUCUAAUGAAUUCGCUAUUGACGAUGAAAAGGUCUUGGGCUAUGUUUCUUCUCUCUUGAACCAUUCAUGUGCUCCCAACCUUGUAAGCAUUCAUUCCUCGAGUCACAUGUUUAGUGUGACUGGACGACCAAUAAGAAAGGGUGAACAGCUUUACACCAGGUACGAUACUUGUCCAAACGGAGUUGAUCGCCAGGCAUAUUUAAAGGAACGUUGGGGUUUUAUUUGUAGAUGCGAAAUUUGUGAGCCAACGCGUGCACCAAUUGAUCGAAAGCUGAUUACAUCGGAUUUUUGUUACAAAUACGUGGUCAAAAAUAAAGAUAACAUGGAUAUGACUGCCAUCGUUCAGAAGAAAUGUAUUAAAUUUCUAAAUAAAUACGGACAUUUACCAUGGUCAGCAAUAAAGAAUAUAUUCACAAUUUAUGUAAAUCAUUUGCAAUCCAUGGCAACUGAUCAAGUAAACAUAUUAGUCUAAUAUGAUUCCUUUUAUUUCCCUAAUCCUAAUCUUUUAAUUUUAUUUCUAUUCCAUCAAUAUUUUCAUUUCACCAUGUGUAGAAUUAAGCAAAUAUAGAGACACAAACACAAACAUUUCAACACUUCAUAAUUUUCGAAAAUCGAGAUCUGAAAAUUCGAAAUUUGAUUGAGAUGUUUUUUUAGACGUAAUUGUUAAUAUUUUAGACUUUUUUGUAAUCAACCCUUGUUUAACUAUGUAUUCAAUUUAAAAUGAUAAACUCAGCAAUAAAAUGUGUACCAAUUUUAUACUUUCAA